UUUAUUGCUUGUGUGCACAACUCUCUUGUAGCAUGAAUCUGUUUUGCCGAACAAAAAUCCCUUACUUUUGGUUAAGUUUUAAAUAAUUCAUUAUAAUUUAACACUUUACUAACCUAAUUCAUGAUUUCUUUUCAUUCCCAGAUACUACUCGAAUUGUAUAGUUUAUUGCCUAAUCUAUUUACUCCGUGUAUAUUCAUUAUGAUUUCUUUUGUUCUUGGUCGGAUAACCCUGGUGCGUUCAUUGUCUCACAAUCAUUAAAUGGCGACAACUACAAUUCUUGGAGCCGCGCAAUCAGAUUCGUCGAUGGCACGAUUCCUAAGCCUAAGGAAACUGCAAAAUCUUUCCAUUCUUGGCAACGCAACAACAAUAUCGUUGCUUCUUGGUUAUUAAAAUCUUUCCGCCGCAGUCAUAUGGAAUGAUCUUCGAAUACGUUUUCAACAGCAAAAUGGUCCACGCAUUUUUCAAUUGCGACGCGAUUUGAUGACCUUGAAACAAGGUUCCUUUUCUAUCACUCACAAUUUUACCAAGGUCAAAGCCUUAUGAGAAGAAUUGGCUGAAUACAAACCCCCACACACUUGUGGUUGUGGUGGUAUCAAAUCUUGGAUUGAUUAUCAUCAAUCUGAAUAUGUCAUGUUGUUCUUGAUGGGAUUAAAUGAGGGUUAUUCUCAUAUCAGAGGGCAAAUUUUGUUAAUGGACCCAAUUCCAUCAAUAGAAAAGGUUUUCUCUCUAGUAAUGCAAGAAGAGAAACAACAAGAAAUUGGAAUUGCAGAAAAUUCCAAUGACACACCAACAGUUUUUACAUACAAAUCAGGAUCCAACGACAGUUCAAGCAAAAACAGGCCCAAGUGUGAACAUUGUCAGAAACUUUGUCAUACCAAGGACAAAUGCUUCAAGCUUCAUGGGUACCCUGCACAUCUGAAAAGGGGACGCUCAGCCAAUGCUGUCAAUCAAGUUUCAGAUACACAUGAUAAGUCAUUUCAGGUUACAACAGAUCGAUAUCAACAACUUAUCUCACUACUACAGAAUCAACCCACACCCAGUACCAACAUUGACAGUAAUCCCCUUGUAAAUGGAUACUCUUCACAAACGGACGAUUAGCACAGGUGAAGCUGUAAAGGGAUUAUACCUUUUGAAACAGCCUUCCAACAAACAACAAACUGAUACUGUUUUUUGUUCUAAUGCUAGUCUGCCAACACACUUUACUUUCAUUUCUAGUUUUCCCACUUGUAAUAAACAGACAGAUAUAUGGCACAAUAGGUUUGGUCAUGUGAAUGACCUUGUUUUGAAAACGUUAAGU